CUGUCCGCGGGCUCUUGGAGAAGUCUCCUUUCCUGCCGAGGUAGCGAGACGCUGCACUCCUACUGUAAACGUCCUUUGCGCGGCCGCGAGGAGGAAGGAGGGAUAACACGACACUGCCGUUCGCUGCCGUUCAUCUCUUCUGCCCGGGGAGGGUAAGGAGUGAGGGAGGGGGGCAUCCUUCUUCCGACGGGGCCAAAUACGGCGGCGCGUGCUUCAAUCCAGCGCAGUCUUGCCAUGCUGGACGACCGGACUUGAGACAGGAGAAGGUCAACAACAACAACAAAAAGUCUCCACACAACUCGAGGUUAGCCGCCCUUUUUUGACGACAUGGGAGUGCUCAUGUCAAAGAAGCAGCAGGUGGAGAAGGUGCAGAAAUGCAACGCUGUCGUCUCUGCCUUCCAGGCGGGCAUUAAGGAACGCCCUGCUCCACCCAAACCAGCAGACGAAGAGGUGGAGGAGGGCGACGGCCCUGCUGAAUCCUCAGCCACGCCUGACCAGAAGAACGCAGACGAGGCGGAGGAGGAGGAAACGGACAAUAACGCAGACCCGUCGACCUCAGCGUCAGCCAGGGACGAGUGCAAGGUCAACCAGGAGAGUUGGUCGAGGUUACGUGACGGGAAAGGGGUGGAGCCUGAGGAUCUUGAUAAGAGCCAUCAGCUCACGCCUCCGGCUUUCGUGCGGCCCAAAAGGGAAGCCGACGAUGACCAGCCUGUCGAGGUGGAGCUGUUAAAAAAAGAGCAGUCGCCAAAUGAUGAGAUAUGCGACGUGUGUGAGGUGUGGACGGCCGAUGACCUCUAUCCCUGCAGGAUCUGCACUCGGAUGUUCCACGACGGCUGCCUGAGGGAGCUGGGCUACCUGCGAGAAGAGGCCCUGCAGGAGAUGAAAGAUACGGCUCACACUGUCACCGGCUGGAGCUGCUACUACUGUGACAAUCUGAAUCUACUACUGACAGAGGAAGAGAUGUACAGCCUCAUGGAGACCUUCAAGCAGUGCAAGAUCAUCCCAGAGUCGUGCCUGGUGUCAGACGAGCUGCUGCAGUACCGGCACUUUGCAUCCAAGCAGCAGUUCGAUAAGGACCUGACUGAUGAGCAGGAGGAGGAAGUCCUCGGCCAGUUUUCAGCGCUGGAUCCAGAGAAGAAAGGUCACAUCGAAUGGUCCGACUUCCUUUACUUCGAGUCGCUGGUGGUUCUGCGAAAGUUUCGCUCAGAGAACUCAAUGGUGCGGCUGUUGACUGCCAAGGAGAGGAACAACGCCCGGUCAGUGUUCCUGGGUCUGGACCUGGAUGAAGACGGCGUAAUAACAAGAGCAGAAUGCCGCCAGGCCCAGCAGUCCUGGUUCCACAAGCUCAACAAGGACUUGCAGUCUUGCAACGUGAGACUCAUGGGACUCUGCUCUCCUCUGAAUUGUGGCAUCAGCCACGUUGGCCCCAUGUGCGAGAGCAGUCCAGUCAGCUCCUGCAGUGAAAGGAGCAAGACUGAUGACAGCAGACCAGUGACCUGGGCUGACUUCCUAAAGGAGAGUGCCAUCUAUUUGUUGGCUGCACGACCCAAUAGUUCUGCCAUGCACAUCCGUGUGCCUCUAUAGUUCAGGAUCCUCCACUGCACCCCAGCAAAGAGAGAGAGAGAGAGAGAGAGAGAUCAGAACUGGAUCAAGCACUGAGACACAGCGGAUCAAGGCAUCGAUGGCACCUCUCCCUCCUCUGCGUCACCCCAAAUCCCCACAACACCUGCAACAAGCCCCCGGCUGAUUGACACGCCGCCCACAUCACAGGUCCACAACUCCGACAAUCGUGAGAGAUAAAAGGAUGUCCCACUCACGACUGCUAGUCGGAUGAUUCGUUGGAAGGAGAGCACCCAGGAGGCUCUCACUUGAUUACAUGACAAAUACCCCCCAGCCUUUGGACCUCCACCUCCAUAGCACACCUCUUUCUAUGGGAGGACGUCUGGGAGACAGGCUGGUACUAUUCUGAGUAUUCAUUCCCCCCGGCCUCAUCGUGCGCUAAUGAUAGUACAAUGGUGUCAUUCACCAUCAAAAUUGUCAUUCGCUCUACACGAGAGGCCCUUGCAAAUUCAUUAUUGGUAGUGUUUGAAGUGGAUUGAUUUCUGGGAUGAAGAUUAACCAGACUAAGCCAUUCUCUGAACGUAUAGCAAAAUGGGAAUGAGAAGCUGCCCGCGUAGCUGAAGAACUACUAUUCACGCUGGUAAAAAGAUUAUUAUGCAUAACAAUUAAGCUGUAUUUAUUCCUGUAUCCUCCGAUGUAUCCUCGGUUUAUCCCCAGCCUCAUCCAAGAGUCUAUGUUCUUACCAAGUACUAACCGUGAAAAAAAAGGGGACGUGAACGUUAAUAGAAGCUAUCUCGGGCAAAUGCUCUUUGUGCUUACUGCUAUGCAGAGCAUUUUGUUCCCGUCGCGCUCAGAGCGGAACUUUGACAAGGUGGGAACAUCUUGUAGUGUCCUGGUUACCACUGUAGGAACGAGAGUGUGGAUGAGUGAAAUAAUCACAUAAUCACUGUCAGGAUGAAUGCUGAAAGACUAGGACUAAGUCUAGCGCAAGCAUCUGUCCUCUGGAAGCACUGUAAAAAAAAACACGGUAAUGGCAAAACUUGUUUCGGAUUCUAUAAUGUUACAGGUUAUACAACAAUUUAAAAUGCAGAUGAAAACUGUCGGUAGAAUCACUGGAAACGUGCUGUAACCAGUUGAACUUCAUGUAUUGUUUAUGCCAUGUCCGGGGUUAUGUCCUCGAAGUAAAUAAAGUAUGGUUAAGACAUCAAUCUGCGUUGUCUGAGGAUUACGUUCCAGUGCUGAAAUAAAUGCAGGGCAUUUGAUCUCCUGGACAACCUU